AUAUUGUAAUAUCACAUCAAUAGUCAUGAGCAGACAUACUUUCUUCCAUCGUUACAGUGAAAUAUCAUGACGAUGAAAGCAAUGCUUCUGCAAAAGAAAAACUUAUCGUUUUGUACUGUUCUAUAUCAUGGGAAUUUAACUGUAAAAAGAAGAACUUUAUCAAGGGACAUACAUAAUAUUAGAUGAUAUAUAUAUACACAUGUAACUAACGCUCGAAAUUUUGUUUUGUGUAAGUUGAAACUUUAUAUAAUCCAUACCUUUGUUAUUUGUUGACUGUAAAGAAUGAGACUGUAAAAGAGAUAGAAAGGGAAGAAAAAAAAAGGAGGAACGUGUAAGUAAAAGGAGGAAAAAUUUAUUUGUGAAUUAUUUGACAUGAUAAAUAUUGUAUGUGUAUAUAUAUAUAUGUAUGUGUGUGUAUAUAUAUAUGUAUAUAUAUUUACAUACACAGAUAUAUACAUAUUAUCAUGUGCGGUAUUCAACUAGUUGUAUAUUUUAAUGCCCAUAUGAAUAUUAUAUAUUGUAUACAGUGCAUAUGUGCAUACACAUGUAUAUCGGAAACUUAUAGCUAAUUGAUUUAUAUAUGUAUAUAUAUACUCAGUCCAGUCUUCACAAUCCUGCUCAGUUUUACAUAACUUUUUAAUGUAUUAGAAUUAGGAAAUAUCAUUUAUUAGCGAGUGAAAUUAUGCAUAAAUUUUAUAAAAUUAUGUAUAUCUCUGUAUUGAAAUAGUUGUCGAAAUUGAUACUUUUGCGCCUUUUUAUUUUUAUCAAAUUGUUUUAAAGUGUAAUGUGCAACGCGCUUACGCUCGAUCGUAAAAUGUAGAAAUUCAUAUAACAAAUAAAGAAGAAUCUGUUGGUCGAUUUUUCCUUAAUAAGAAUAUAAGUCAUCUAUUAUGUUACAGUUUAAUAAAAUGAUAUAUACGCUGUAACAUGUGUGAAAGCUAUACUGGGUAUCAAAAUUUUGUAGAAAAUUGUCAUUAGCUAUAUCUCGUGUAAAAUUCCUCAAUAAUUAGCGACUUUGUGUAUAUAACAGUGGUAUACAAAUUUUUUAAAAUAAAGAUUUCAUGUGUUAUGGCAUACAAGUGCACCGAUUCGCUAUAGAUUUCUGUAGCCUGUAAAAUUCUUAGCCAAUCGGCACGUUUGACUCAUCGUACGACGCAUGCGAUAUUAGCCUUACACAAUUUGCCAACAGAAUUCUAUCUAUAAAUUGUUACUUCAAAGGUUGAUGUUUUUCAAAAACUUCGGAUAUACCAAAUAAAUCAGAUAUUAUGUCAAGAAAAAAACAUAAUAUAUCAUAUAUUAAGCCGAACGAGCCGAAAUUUCUACGAGAGUUGAAACAGCAAAUCGGAUAUAAAGAAGGACCCACUGUCGACACAAAAAGAGAAGUAUUACCGGAAGUCUCUGACGAUGAAAAGGAAGAGUUAACUGAUGAGAAGCCUGUUGUUGUUGUAUUAAAUUCUGGUGAUUUAACAGCGGAAGAAGCAAAUGCCUUCAAAAAACAGAAAGAGAAAGAAGAAAGUAAUGCCCCGGCUGAUCUAUCUAAGAAGAUUAUGUUUCGCAAGACUAAAACAGAGUCAGACAAAUCUGAUACAACUGCCACAGAUCAACCUGUGAGGAAAAAAGCAAAAAGGGACAAGCAAAAGAUUGUCUUAUCCUUUGAUGCUAAUGGCAGUGAUGACGACAAUGUUGGAUAGCAUAAAAUAUGAAUUCUUUUACUUAAAUGUCUUAUAUGUAAGUAAAUUUUAUUGUAAAUAUAGUAAAUUGUUUAAUACAUAUUAUAUAUCACAGUUAUAUGUGAGAAACUGGUCAUAAGAAAAUCGAUUAUUUUUUAUUUGUGAGAGAAUGAAUGAGUAAUUGAUUUAUUGUUAAAACUUUAUUAGAGAUAUAACUUCUUGAAAUUUACAAAGAUUAUGUACAAAGAUAGCAAAUGUACAUAGUCAAGAGCAAAGGCAAUAUGAACUGGAAAUGAGUUAUUACUUGUUGCAAUAAACAUAUGUGACAUGUUCAAUAGUUUAAAAGCAAUGACACAGUACAUAUUUAUAAACUAAAAGUUACAUAUAAGAUAAUUAAAGAAACUAAGUCGGCUAUUUAAGAAUUGAUAUUGAGAAGAGUCAAUGCAUCUUGAAUUUCAAUUUUUUAUAUAUUUAUAUAUUCUAGAUAAAAAAAAAAAA